UAUUCAUAGAGUUUGUCAAAAAAAAAACUUUCUCUGAAGUGACAUAAGAUUACUCGUAUGUAUUGAAUGCAUAGUCAUAUUCCUGUUGGUAGUGAUUGUGGUGUAAACGAUGGCAAUAAUAAUGUCAUCGAAUGGUAAUGAGAUAUCAGCGCAAAGUUCGCCCCUAAUAGUCGACUACAACGGCUUCGCUCUCAACGCUCCCAUGUUUUCCUAUGUGUCCGCAAAUCUUAACGCAAAUACUUUUAGUAAUAAAGGCGUCAAACAGAGCGUCAAUUCUUCGGCUCUCAAAUCAACAUAUGUUUCAACAAAUAGUGAGAAAAACGACGAGAAUAUCAUGAAUAAGCCGUCGCUUCCCUUUUCCAUCACUAGUAUUCUGAAUCGAGACGACAAUCCCUUCACUAAACACUCCAAACCCGAUAUCCAUCCAUCCAUUGCCAACACUUAGGCCGAAAGCAAAGGCCAUGGCAUCCAUGGGCAGUGUCUCCGUCAUCGUCAUCGUCAUCAUCGCCGUCAUCGUCAUCGGCAGUGAUGGGAGUCGAGCCCUCCCAUCAACAAACAAGUACUGCUCAUCAAUACUUAUUCCGAGACUUUAAAAAUUCA